ACUUUAAGUAAUAGCUUUUGCACCCUACCGGACAAUUCCACGUUUGCAUCCAACACGAAAAUGUCAAGGCACCUUCGCUUCGUUGCGCGUACAGUGAUGGUACAAGAGGGAAACGUUGAUGCAGCUUACAAGGCCUUAAACAGGGUGCUGUCUGUCGACGGUGUUCUUGAUACGGUGAAACGGAAACGCUACUACGAGAAGCCCUGUCGACAAAGGCAGCGAGAGAACUACGAAAACUGCAAGCGGAUCUAUCACUCGGAAAUGGCCAGGAAGAUCUCGUUCAUUUCGCGAAUUCACAGAGAGGACCCCUGGUUGGGCUACUAGGGAUGUGUGCCGGAGAAGAGGAUGAUGACACAAGGGCAAAGAAAGACAGUGAACUUGAGAGCCUACUGAAAGACAUCAGGUCGAGAAAUAAAAAAAGUACUGCAAAGGAAAUGUUCCUUGAUCCAACGUCAUUUUCCUUCUACAGAAAUGUUGUUGAUGUAAAAUGUUCACUUUCAGAAUUCCAUGCUAGCUGACGGUGCCACCAAAAUUGUCUGCUGAAGUCUGCAUCUAUCUUAUUCAGCAUGUAAUGUAUUGUAGCAAAGGGAUCGUAACAUAUGCAUCACAACAAACAUUUUAGCUUGAAUUGGAUUUAUUUCACUCGACCUAUAUUGUUGUAUUUUACCUUGAUUGUCAAUCUGACGUUUUCCAACCAAUUUGAUAAAUAAAGUUACGUUCAAGUUUA